AAACGGCCGCAUGCGAGAGUUCGGAGUCUAGGAAUGAGGCACCGCGUCGCCGCGCCAUGACCAUCCGGGCGGGCAGCGGUGGUAGCGGGGCGGGCAGCGUAGUGGCUCCGGAGCCGUGCCUGGGCGACGCCACCGAGGACGACGACGAGGAGCCGCUCGAGGAGUCCGCCUGCUUCUACGGCUCCGUGAGCCGCGAGACGGCCGAGUGGAUCCUCUGGGAGCGGGGCUGCGCCGACGGGCUCUACCUGCUCCGCCGGAGCGGCGCCGACUACGUGCUCUCCCUCUGCUUCGACCGGAGCGUUCUCCACUACAGGAUACGGAGGCUAUCCGGCGCCGGCGUGGAGCUAUGCGGUCUGCCCGGCCAGCAGUUCCGGGACCCAUGGGCGCUGCUGCACGGUGUCCAGGGACUGGCCACCCGGCCCACACUGCCCUGCAACCGGGCGCGGGACGCCAUGCUGCCGCCCACCCACUGGGGCAUCGGGGACGACACCGUCAGGGCCUUUAUGCUGCUCAAGGCCCGCCAGUGGGGCAUGGACGAGUCACAGCUGGAUACCCCCCGCGCCGCCGAGGCCGCCCCGGGCUCCCCGGGAGACCUCCGUUCCCUGCUGAGCAAGACGCUCCACGAAAUCCAACCCUGGUUCCACGGACCCCUGUCCCGGACAGACGCCGAAAAGAGGCUCCAGGACUCCGGUCAUCUGGACGGAAAGUUCCUGGUCCGCGAGCGUGACGACAGCAGCUACGCUCUCUGCCUCAGCCACGGCGACUCGGUGAAGCACUACAAGGUGGACGUGACGCCCUCCGGGGAGUUCGCCAUCCAGGACGGACAACGGUUCCCCAGCAUCAUGUCGCUCAUCAGUCACUACACGCUGUUCAGCGACGGCCUCUGGUGUCCGCUUACGGAGGCUUGCGUUAGACCGGACUGUGUGCUGGCGCAGCCGUCUCCGUCACACGCCGAGAGAGGGCAGGACUCGCCGCCCCACCACCACCACCAUCACCAUCAUUACCAUCAUCAUCAUCAACAGGCGCAACUGCGGGGAAGCCCAGGCUCGAGGCUACUCGGGUCGUUGGGCUCGGCCCGCGCGGGAAUUUUGAAUCGACUUGUGGCCAGCAUUUCCCCGCAGCAAGCGAUGGAGCGUUCUCGCACGAUGCCUCGGCUGCGCGCCCCCUCGCGGCUGUCCUGUUCGUCGCCACCGCUUUCGUCGGCCACCGCUUCGUCGGCGGUGGUGACGAAACCGGAGCCCCGGCGCCAGAGCGCGGCCAGCAGGCUUCACAAAGCGUCCAGCUUCGACCAUCUGCUGCCGGGCUUCAUCACCUACCUAUUCUCGGGAGACUCCGACGGGGAACGCAAGACGAUGCGUCGCAAGAGUUCGGGACCAAAGCGUCUGCCGGAGAUGGAACAAACGCUGCCUCGGGGCCUGGGCUGUGGCUCGGCGAGGGAGUUCUGCUGCUCGGCCGUGGGACAGGCCCCGUCGCCUCGGCGCGGGGGCGGCUGGCCCCCUGGGCAGCCCCCGCCGCCCUCCCUGCCGCCGCCCCCGCCCCCGAGACCCGUUCCAGCCCCGAGGCACUCUCUGGUGCGGAGGGACUACCACGACCUGGGUCCCGUCUACGCCAACAACCAGGCACUCUCGGCCAGGUUGCAGAUGGGCGCAGACGACACGACGCCCAUACCCGAGGAGCAGGAGGAGGAACGCUCUUGCGAGGGCGCCCUGAUCGACCUGGACUGCGACGGCGACUGCGUGGCGCCCGUGUGUCGGCGGAGCGCCUCGUCUCCCAGCGUGGGCUCCCGCGCCCUGGUGCUGUCGGACCUGGACUCGUUCCCGCAGCCCGUGCCGCUUCCAGACGGAGCUCGGAGUCCUUCCCCUACUCUUAUCCUCUUCUCCGAGUUGGAUAAGGAAGACGGGGGGGCGAAGGUGUGCGGCGACCUUGAAGAAGGCCCGUACGAGGAGAUAGACGCCUCCAGCCUCUCGGACUCGACCACGCUGCCCGGUUCGGACGGCACCGGCAGUCCCUCCGAGGGUGACCUCAUCGACACGGACACGCUUGCAGUCCGCCCCAAGGGAAAAGGAGGCCGUGCAUUGCUGGAGAGGUCGCGCAGCGAGCCGUCCUCCCCCGACAGAUACCUGCCCACCACCGGCGUGGACGGGGCAUCCAAGGCAUGGCUGUCGAAAGAAGAAUCAGAGUCUGCGUAUCAUGCCAUGAAACGUUUCUGCAGCGGACCCAUGAGUCUGGACUCGAAGUGCAUCGUCCUCAAGGACAAAAUAGGGGUCGGCAACUUUGGAGAAGUGCACAGGGCCGUCUUUGGGACCGGCUCCGUGGAGGUUCAGUUUGCGGUCAAGAUGCUAAAGGAGACCCUGGUCGGCAGCCACAAGGAAGAAAUAAUGAACGAAGCACAGACCAUGGCGCAGUUGGACCACCCACACAUUGUGCGACUCAUUGGCGUGUCCCAAGGCCAAGCCCUGAUGCUGGUGAUGGAGCUCGCACCAUUGGGUCCCCUGAACCGGUUCCUAAAGAUGAACAGGGAGCAGCUGGAGGCGGGCCGGGUGCUGUCGCUGGCGUUGCAGGUGGCAGGUGCCAUGGAGUACCUCGAGGCGCGGCAGCUGGUGCACCGUGACCUGGCGGCUCGGAACGUCCUUCUCGUCAACGACCGGUUCGCCAAGAUCAGCGACUUCGGAAUGACACGGGCGCUGGGCCUCGGAAAAGACUACUACAAGGCGCAGGCGGCUGGCAAGUGGCCGCUCAAGUGGUACGCCCCCGAGUGCAUAUACUUCUUCAAGUUCAGCACCAAGUCGGACGUGUGGAGCUUUGGGGUCACCCUAUGGGAAGCCAUGUCCUACGGGGAGCGCCCUUACCAGGGCAUGACGGGGCAGACCAUCCUGGCCAUGCUGGAAGGCGACCACAGGCUCGAAAAGCCCAAGGACUGCCCAGAUUGCAUCUACGAGCUGAUGCGCAGCUGCUGGAGCUACAGGUGA